UAUCUUGACGUUGUAGUUUGUGUUUCUUUUAUUGGUUUGAUCUCAAAUAUUUUCAUAUUAGCUAUAGAAGCACACUACACAGUCGUACAGUAAUACAUUUCGCCCCCUAUGUAGUGCACUAUGUAUCUUGUAGGGAGCUGUUUGAGAUUGCGCCCAUGAGACCGUGCGCUGCUGGAUUUGAAACAUGGCAACUAUACAAGUUAGCGAGGCGGAGAAAGUGUAUAUAAUGCAUGGAGUGCGUGAUGAUUUAAGAGUGGACGGACGAGGAUGUGAGGACUACAGACACAUGGAAAUUGAGACAGAUGUGGUAUCGAACACAGAUGGUUCUGCCAAAGUCAGCCUGGGGCAGACGGACGUCCUUGUGGGAAUAAAGGCUGAGAUUGGAAGGCCACGACCCAUGGUGCCAGAUGAGGGUUAUUUGGAGUUCUUUGUGGACUGCUCAGCAAAUGCAACCCCAGAGUUUGAAGGGAGAGGAGGUGAGGAGCUGGGUGUGGAGCUAAGUAACACUCUUUAUAAAGUGUUCAAUAACAGACACAGCCUGGAUCUAAAAAGCCUCUGUAUCUGCUCGGGAGAGCACUGCUGGGUCCUGUAUGUGGACGUGCUGCUCUUACAGUGUGAUGGAAACCUGUUUGAUGCGAUGUCCAUCGCCAUAAAAGCAGCUCUUUUUAACACACGGAUUCCCAAAGUGCACAUAUCUGAGAAUGAGGAAGGGGGGAAGGAGAUUGAGUUGUCUGACGACCCAUACGACUGCAUGCGUCUCAAUGUAGAGAAUGUUCCCUGCAUCGUAACUUUGUGCAAGAUCGGCCACAGGCAUGUAGUGGAUGCCACGCUGCAGGAGAAGACCUGCUCGGUUGCCAGUCUUUUGAUCUCCGUCACACACAAAGGAAUGGUGACGUGUGCACGGAAGCUUGGAGGCGGCAGCCUGGACCCAGAAAGCAUCUUUGAAAUGACAGAGACAGGAAAGCGAGUGGGAAAAGCUCUUCAUGCACCUCUCAUGGAGCUGCUGCGGAAAGAAGAGAGUCUUGGAAAAGACAGAAAGAAAGUGGGCUUUCUAGUAUAGCACAUUCUCUCGUGCAAAAUAUUUGUAUUUUAAACACCUAAUAAAUAUUUUUUUUCUAAA